AGUGGAGGUGCGCAAGGCCAUUCGUUUUCGAAAGACUGGCCUUAUCUCUCAACUUAUUCUUCUUCACCCUAACGCCGCCUCCUCCUCCAUUCUCUUCCAAACUUACUCACUAAUUUUACUUCAAAAUGUCCUCUAUACUACUCGGAUUAUCUUCAACUCCCUUCUUGAAGGUCUCCGCUAAACAAGCUACGUCGUCGUCUUUGUUUAGCUCUUUCCGGUUGGCUGACAAGUCUCACUUCAAUGCUUUGAUAGCUUCGAGCAAUAGGCCUUUGGUUCUUAGGAGCAGUAUCCUCAGCUUUGUCCCUUCGGCUAUAGCUACUCCUAACAACGUCCUCAGUGAAGAAGCCCUCAAAGGUCUCAGUGACUUCUCUGACAAUUCCGACCCUCUUGACGAGGAUUAUGAGUCUGAGAGCUUUAGUACGGACGAAGAUGAACUUGCCAUUUCUAAGCUAGGUUUGCCGGACCGUCUCGUUGAUACUCUUGAGAAGCGUGGCAUUACUCACCUUUUCCCCAUCCAGAGAGCUGUUUUAGUUCCAGCUCUACAAGGUAAAGAUUUGAUUGCUCGUGCAAAGACUGGGACUGGGAAGACAUUAGCCUUUGGUAUCCCGAUACUUAAACGUCUUACUGAAGAUGCUGAUCAAGCUCCUUCUCUCAGGCGUGGUCGACUUCCAAAAGUUUUGGUUCUUGCACCUACUCGUGAGUUAGCGAAGCAAGUAGAGAAAGAACUUAAAGAGUCUGCUCCUUAUUUGAACACUGUGUGCGUGUAUGGAGGUGUUUCAUAUAACACUCAACAAAAUGCUCUUGCCAGCGGGGUGGAUGUGGUUGUUGGAACACCUGGUCGAAUCAUUGACCUUAUUAAAAGUAACUCCCUCAGAUUGGGAGAAAUUGAGUUUUUGGUUCUUGAUGAAGCUGAUCAGAUGCUUGCCGUUGGAUUUGAGGAGGAUGUUGAAGUUAUUUUGGAAAAUCUUCCACCCAAGAGACAGAGCAUGCUUUUCUCUGCAACUAUGCCUGCUUGGGUCAAGAAAUUGUCUAGAAAAUAUUUGGACAGUCCUCUCAAUAUAGAUUUGGUUGGUGACCAAGAUAAAAAGCUUGCAGAAGGGAUCAAACUUUAUGCUAUAUCAACAACUGCAACCUCAAAGCGAACCAUUCUUAGUGAUCUUGUAACGGUGUAUGCAAAGGGUGGGAAGACCAUUGUAUUUACACAGACAAAACGAGAUGCUGAUGAAGUCUCAAUGGCAUUGACAAAUAGUAUAGCUUCUGAGGCUUUGCAUGGAGAUAUUUCUCAGCACCAAAGGGAGAGAACAUUAAAUGGUUUUCGACAAGGAAAAUUCACUGUUCUUGUUGCCACUGAUGUUGCAGCUCGUGGGCUUGAUAUCCCCAAUGUUGAUUUGGUUAUCCACUAUGAACUUCCAAACGACCCGGAGACUUUUGUUCAUCGCUCUGGGCGUACUGGGCGUGCAGGGAAGGAAGGAACUGCUAUUCUAUUGUUUACUAGUAGCCAGAGGAGAACAGUUCGAUCUCUUGAGCGUGAUGUUGGGUGCAAGUUUGAGUUUGCUAGUCCGCCGGCCGUUGAAGAGGUUUUGGAAUCAUCAGCUGAGCAAGUAGUUGCUACUCUUAAUGGAGUUCAUCCUGAGUCUGUGGAGUAUUUCAUCCUUACUGCCCAAAAGUUGAUUGAAGAACACGGAACAAAUGCUCUUGCUGCUGCACUAGCACAGUUGAGUGGAUUCUCACAGCCUCCUUCAUCCCGCUCUCUUAUCACCCAUGAGCAGGGAUGGGUGACAUUACAAUUGACACGGGAUUCAGGUUACUCCAGAGGGUUCUUAUCUGCUAGAUCUGUCACUGGAUUCCUUUCUGAUGUUUAUCCUGCUGCUGCUGAUGAACUAGGAAAAAUACAUAUAAUUGCUGAUGACAGGGUUCAAGGAGCAGUUUUCGAUCUCCCAGAGGAGAUUGCCAAGGAGUUGCUGAAUAAGCAAUUACCACCUGGGAACACCAUUUCCAAAAUUACCAAGUUGCCUGCCUUGCAAGAUGAUGGGCCUUCAAGUGAUAACUACGGCAGAUUCUCUAACAGGGAUAGAUUUUCCCGAGGAGGUUCCAGGGACAAGAGAGGUUUUAGAUCAUCACGUGGUGGUUGGAGCAGCGAUGAUGAGGAUGGAUUUAGGCGUGGUGUUCGAAGUUCUAGAACUCAAAAUAGCUCAUCUAGGUUUUCAAAAAGCAGUGGAGAUGACUGGUUAAUUGGUGGCAGAAGAUCAAGCAGGCCAUCAUCCAGGGACAGAUUUGGAGGUUCUUGUUUCAACUGUGGGAGGUCGGGGCACAGAGCAUCAGAAUGUCCUAACAAUCCAGACUUCUAAUUUUGUACAUUGAAGGUUCCUGUUUCAACAAUCGGCGGUCUGGGAGCAGAUCACUAUAAUGCAUUGAUUAUCAAGACUUGUCUGGUCUAUCAGUGUAUGCCCCCGCUUACAGGUUCCUUCGGACUUCAUAAAUAGUAGGCCACUGUUGCUACUGCUGAUACCAAGCUCUGCAUUGUGUUAGUUCCAUAGUUUCUUAGCAGCAGUGGCCUCGCAUUGGGUCUAAUUAUAGUCACAAGAAUCAGUGUCUUUGUAUUGUUGACUGUUUCCCCACCACGUUUUGGUGGUUUGUUUGGACUUCAAUUAUUUGUCAAGCCUACACCCCUUUUGAUUGCAACUCUGCCUAAAUAUCCCCUGGCGAUGAAUGUUAUAUUGCCUUUGCUCAA